AUGCAACAUAGAAUUAUAAAGUGUAACACGACCUCGGUUCCAUCCCAAAGGAGCUCUUGAACCUACUUCCUGCUGUACGACUUUCUCGACUACUUCGAAAAGGAUGGCCCCAGUUUUCUGCAGCGAGAGAAAUUUUUGGAGAUCAUCGAUACAAUCUUUAAGGAGUUCUCCAAGAUAAAGAGGGAAGCUAUCGUGUUUCAAUACACCGACUGGGAAGAAAUUACCGACGGGUACUUGAACCAGAAGAUGAUCGCAGACGUAGUGGGUGAUUACUUCUUCGUCUGCCCGACAAAUUACUUCGCAGAAGUUCUCGCCGACGCCGAAGUUGAUGUCUACUAUUAUUACUUUACACACCGCACCAGCACCAGUCUUUGGGGUGAAUGGAUGGGUGUGAUGCAUGGUGAUGAAAUGGAAUACGUCUUCGGGCACCCCCUGAAUAUGUCCUUACAAUAUCAUACCAGGGAACGAGACCUUGCUGCCCAUAUCAUGCAGUCCUUCACGAGAUUUGCUCUUACUGGGAAACCUCACAAACCGGACGAGAAGUGGCCCCUGUACUCCCGGUCAUCGCCCCACUAUUACACAUACACCGCGGACGGCACGAGCGGCCCAGCCGGCCCGAGAGGACCACGUGCGUCCGCUUGCGCGUUCUGGAAUGAUUUCCUUCUGAAGCUUGAUGAGUUGGAGCACGUGCCAUGCGAUGGAGCGGUAACAGGGCCCUACAGUAGCGUGGCGGGCACAACCCUACCUAUUGUGCUACUAACUACCCUCGCUACAUCAGCAGCUCUUUAA